GGAUUAUUCAAGAAUCGAGACGAAGUUGAGAAUGAUUCCAAUCAGAGCUGGUAUUAACAUGGUGAUGAUCACCAAUAGAAAACAAUAUUUUUAGUUUGUAUUUCCUCUUACUAAAAUGCAGAGUCAAUGUAGGCUCCUGACUCUUUAUAAGAAGCUACAACUCUACAUAUAAUUGAAGAGUAUAAAACUCUCUUUUUUUUCUUGCAACAAAGAACAGCCGAAAGAGCAGAUCCAACUGUUCUCAAGAUCUGAAUCAUAAGUAUAGUAUGAUCAAAGAGAAGAUCAGUUCAUGUGUUCAUCCUUCCGAUGGUGUUAUGGCAGAAUCUGAUAAGGAAGUGGAGCUUGAUGCAACAAAAGCCAAGUUGGAGAAAGUUAGAGAAGAAAAUGAGAAGUUAAAGCUCUUACUCUCUACGGUUCUUACUGAUUAUAAAUCUCUUCAAAUGCAUGUCUCCAGAGUUUUCCGACCACAACAUGAAGCUUCGAUGGAGCUAGAUAUUAAUAGCCACGACGAUUUUGGUGUAGAUAUAUCUCUUAGGCUUGGAAGACCAGACCUGAAUGUCUCCAAAAGUGUAGAUGAAAUAGAUAAGAUUAGUCUGGACAAUAUUUCUGAUGAGAUCAGUGAGAGGUCAGAUAAGAAAAGAUCUGCACUCGGUUUAGGAUUUGGGAUUCGAAGCUGUGAAGAUCUCUAUACUGAUCAAACCAUGAAGUUCGAUUGUCUUUGUAAGGAUGUUAAAAUCAAAAACGUGGAUAAUAAAUGCAUAUCUUCGAGGAAAGAUGUCAAAGCGGCUAGAAACGAAGAUCAUCAAGAGGUUUUGGAAGGACAAGAGCAAACGGGUUUAAAGAAAACUAGGGUUUGUGUGAAAGCCCCAUGUGAAGACCCAUCAAUAAACGAUGGUUGCCAAUGGAGGAAGUACGGUCAGAAGACUGCAAAAGCGAAUCCUCUUCCACGAGCCUAUUACCGCUGCUCCAUGUCCUCAAAUUGUCCCGUCAGAAAACAGGUGCAAAGAUGCGGAGAAGAUGAUACCUCCGCUUAUAUGACGACGUACGAAGGAACUCACGACCAUCCGCUUCCCAUGGAAGCAACCAACAUGGCUGCCGGAACUUCAGCUGCUGCCUCCUUAUUACAAUCAGGCUCAUCCUCCUCCGCCAGCCUAAGCUGUUUCUUCCCUUUUCACAACGUCUCUUUCUCCACCACUAACUCUCACCCCACGGUAACACUUGACCUCACACGACCAAACUAUGAUCCAGAUCAACUACCAAACUACCCUCUAUCUUCCUCCUCGCUCAGCUUCUCUUCAUCUGAUCGUCCAUCUCCCUCAAACAGUCAGACCUUAAGCUUCAGUGGCUUGAGAUCACAAGCUCCCUUGAUUAAAUAUUCACAAAUGUCCUCUUUAUCACAUCAAACCAAACUUUCUGGACAGCAAUAACUAUAUACAAUUUUUUUUCCCUUUGUCAUCAGUGUCUUCAUAUUCUUUUCUAAUACCCAUGCUAUAUAUUUUGAUAGAUAUAUCUCUGUGUCGGAUGUUAUG